AUGUCCGCGGAUGACGACACCUUCGACAUUGACAUCUACGGAGAUGAUGUACCACAAGAAUUGAAGCCCGCCGCCAAUGGUGCCAACGGCGAAGAAUAUCCAGAGGAUCGGAUCGACUUUGAUGACGAUGAGCCACAGCACGAAACGCAGAAUGUUGAGGGUGGAGCGGACAAAGGGGACGACAGCACACCCAAUGUGCAACAAGGAACCAAACGUAAGGCUUCAUUCGACGAGGAAGAACGGCAGGACAAAUACCAGCCAGACCAGCAACAGUCCAACUCAACGGAAGAAGGCUCCCCGUCUGCCUCGUUGGUUGAUCCACACGCGACUUCUGCCAUCAAGCUCGCUGAGCUACACUGGUGGACCACAGAAGAACACGUCCGAGCCUUCGUUGCAAGCGCCGGCGUUGAGUCGUCAUUGAAGGAAAUCUCUUUUGGCGAGCACAAGAUCAACGGCAAGUCCAAAGGGGAGGCCUUUCUCGAAUUUACAACACCAGCGGCUGCCAGCGCCACCAAAAGAGCAAUAGAGCGUGCCGACGAGGUAGAUGACGGCAACGGCGGGACUAAGAGCGUCAGAGUCAACAAAUUCCAAGUUGGCUACGGCACGCCCGGAAACAAUCCAUACAAGGGACGAGAUUCUGGUGCCAUUGUGACUAAGAAAGAAUACAGUUCCGGCCCUGGAGGAGCUUACAACAGUUUUGGUGCGAAUCGCGGAGGUAGGGGCGGUUUCCAAAGAGGUGGUGGCUUCCAGAGAGGAGGUGGAUACAACCGUGGCGGCUAUCAGCAGGGCGGUGGUGGCAUGGCCCAGCAGAGCGGUCCUGCAGGUGGCUAUGGCGGCAUGAAUGGAGGAAUGAACGGCGGAAUGCCGAUGGCAAACAACCCUAUGAUGGCUAUGGGUGCAAUGGGCGGCUUCGGUAAUUUUGCAGGCAAUAUGCGCGGCGGCAUGGCAAUGGGACGAGGAGGCGCUGGCUUUGGAGGCGGAGGGUUCGCGGGUGGUAUGGGAGGGUUCAACAACAUGGCAAUGAAUGGUAUGAACGGGAUGAUGGGUAUGGGAGGAAGAGGAGGAUGGGGGCAAGGAGGCGGUGGCUAUCAACAAGGUGGUGGCAUGCAGCAGCAACAGCAGGGCGGCUAUGGCUCGGGAAGCUAUGGUGCCCAACAGGGAAACAAACGAAUGAAGUCCGAGCAGUAG